UAGGAUGUGUGGAGGUAAUCAGAGCAUGAUAAACUCUGAGUCAGUCCACAGCUGACUCUGCAAAGCACUCCUUAACCGUACAAACUGGGACGCAAGAGGGGAUGCACAUAGAGCAGAAAGCAGACUGCUCUCCUACUAGGACAGACAUGAGAGUAAGAAUGAAGGAUCUUUCACUUUUGCUUUUAAUGUGUGCAGCUGUUUCUAACGCUCUUCCUGUCCACCCAGAGAAAAACAACAGAGAAGAUGCAAAGCUUGUACAGGACUAUUUAAAUAAAUUCUAUGCUGUUGAGACAGAUCCAAAUCAACUUGGAUGGAAAAUAAAUGCUGAAUCCACAGCUGAAAAACUUCAGAAAAUGCAACAAUUUUUUGGUUUGAAAGUGACUGGAAAACCAGAUACUGAGACAUUGGAAAUGAUGAAGAAACCCAGGUGUGGAGUUCCUGAUGUGGGUCUCUAUGGUGUUACUCUGCCAGGGUGGAAAAAAACCAAGCUGACAUACAGAAUUGUGAACCACACACCAGAUAUGAGCAAAGAGGAUGUGGACAAAGCAAUCCAGAAGGCAUUUAAACUGUGGAGCACUGUUACCCCACUGACUUUCACUCAUAUUCAUGAGGAAAUAGCGGAUAUAAUGAUUGCUUUUGGGACCAAAGCUCAUGGACAUUGCCCUCGUUAUUUUGAUGGCCCCCUUGGUGUCCUUGCUCAUGCCUUUCCACCUGGCAAUGGUUUUGGUGGUGAUGUGCACUUUGAUGAGGAUGAAGAUUGGACCACAGGAUCUGCCGGUUUCAACCUGUUCCUUGUUGCUGCUCAUGAGUUUGGCCAUGCCCUGGGUCUCUCUCAUUCUAAUGACCAGAGAGCUUUGAUGUUCCCCAAUUAUGCCUACGUCAGCCCCAGUGAAUUUCCCCUCUCUCCAGAUGAUAUAAGCGGCAUUCAAUCCAUUUAUGGAUCUCCACCAAAUGACCCAGAUAAAAGGCCAGACACCCCUACCUCACCUAAAACCUGUGGCUCCCAGAUGUCUUUUGGUGCUAUAACUACACUCCGACGAGAAGUCAUUUUUCUAAAGGGCAGGCACUUAUGGCGAGUCUAUCCUGAUAACUCAGAAGCUGAACGUGAAUUAAUUUCUACCUUCUGGCCAACUCUGCCACCUGGUAUUGAAGCUGUGUAUGAGAACACGAAAGAUCAGAUACUGUUUUUCAAAGGCAAUAAAUUCUGGGUUAUCAGCGGCUAUCAGGUGUUGCUUGGUUAUCCAAAGAAUAUCAACACACUGGGCUUCCCUAAAGGUGUCAAGAAAAUUGAUGCAGCUGUUUGUAACAAAUACACAGGGAAAACAUACUUUUUCAUAGGUGACAAGUAUUGGAGGUUUGAUGAGAACAGCCAGUCCAUGGAAAAGGGCUAUCCUAGACAGACAGUUGAUGACUUUCCAGGAAUUAGCCAGAAGGUUGACGCUGUUUUCCAACAGAAAGGAUUAUUCUACUUCUUCCAUGGAUCAAAGCAGUGGGAGUUCGACCCUAUUGCUGAAAAAGUUAUCCGUGAAAUGAAGAGUAACAGCUGGUUUAACUGCUAAUGUCAUAUAACUUUCUUAUACACAGCAAAUGAGAAUUAAAAUAAUUACAGAUUUCUCAAAGGUUGUUCAUAUAUACAAUAUUAUACAGAAUAGGCAACAGGACUAGUU